AUGCCUGCCGUGGUGGGUGGUCAGUUCUUGGUUUCUCAUGAUCAAAAGAGUGAUAAAGAACAUGUCUUUGAGAUUGUGAUUACCGAGGACACCACCAUCAAACUCAAGACUUUCAAGGAUAUGGUAUCUGUCAGUGUGGAUGCCAAGUCCAUGGAUGCAUUCGAAGGAAGCAUCGGUUUGCUUGGAUCCCAUGGUGGUCAAAUGUUGGCUCGAGAUGGAGUUACGGUCUUGCAAAACGACCCCGAUGCGUACGGCCAGGAGUGGCAAGUUCGCGAGGAAGAGGCUGGCCUCUUCAUGGAUAUGGAUUACUCCCCUCAAUACCCCCAACAGUGUGUCGUGCCGCAGAAGGAUCCAACUAGCAGCAGUCGCCGUUUGGGAGAGCAGUCCAUCACUGAGACUCAGGCCGGAGAUGCAUGUGCCGUUGCUGGGCGCUUGGAUGACAUGAAGGAAUGCAUCUUCGAUGUAGUUGCCACUCAGGACUUGUCCAUGGCGGAUGCUGGUGCCUUUUAG